AUGGCCAACAGAACUGCCGAACUGGUUCCUGUCAAGAAUCGUGGAAUAUAUCUGGCGUGCGUCACAUUCUUUAUCUGCCCAUUCUUUCCAUACGUUCUAUAUGCUCAAUUACUUUCCGCAAACGCCACUUGGAGAUGGGGUCUCUGGAUAACACUUAUUUAUAACGGUAUAUUCUUUGCCGGGGUGCUCCUUUUCUACUUCCCAGACUCGCGUAUACUGCGUAAAGGGGCACUCUCUCGGGGAGAACUCGCUCGGAGAAUUGAUUACAUUGGCGCCAUCCUCUCGAUCUCUGGAAUUAUCUUGUUUCUUGUUGCUCUUCAAUCAGGCGGAACUUCGCACGCAUGGACAAGUGGAUACGUUCUUUCGAUGCUUUUCAUUGGAGCUGCUUUCAUCGCCAGUUUCGUUGUCUGGGAAUGGAAAGGUGCCAAAUUUCCAAUCGUGCCGAAAGAACUAUUCGCGGGUCAACGCAUCGUCGCUUUCGCUCUUGUGGUUGCAUUUGUGUCUGGGAUGAAUUUCUACUCAAUGAUCAACUUUGCGCCACUAACAUAUAGCACUGUGUUCGAGCCUGAUCCCAUACAAGUCGGUGUCAAAGGACUCGGAUAUUCAAUUGCAAUUACCGUGGGCGCCUCAGUCAUGAAUACCAUGCUGACGCUCUUGAAAGGACACAAUCGUGAAAUCCUCCUGGUCUCGUGUGUGUUGAUGAGUAGUAUGGCUGCAGUGACUCCAGAUAAUGCAGGUUUAGCCGUUGGUUUGGCCACGAUAGCUGGCUUUGGCAUAGGAGGUGUGAUUGUACCCUCCGCAACCAUCGCUAUGACUGCAUGCCCAGACUCUCUGAUCGCCACAGCGACGGCGCUUACAUUGACGAUACGUUUUGUUGGUGGUUCAAUCGGAUAUUCGAUUUACUACAACGUUUUCAUGCAGAAGUUAAAUUCAAAGUUACCUGCUGAAGUCCUUAAAUAUGCACUUCAGGCUGGGCUGCCGGAGUCUUCUGCUAGCAACUUCACCACCACAUUUCUCACCAAUCCAGCAAAUGUGUCUACCAUUACCGGCGUCACUCCAGCUAUAGUUGCGGCAGCUGUUCAAGGUAGCAGGUGGGCUUAUUCUGGCGCCCUGGCUUAUGUUUGGUAUGUAAGCAUCCCUUUUGGAAUACUCUCAAUCAUUGGAUGUUUCUUGAUGGGAGAUGUUUCGAGGUUCAUGACAAACAGAAUAGCUGUGCAGUUUAAGCACUGA